UCAGUAGUUAUCAGUGUGAGAGUGUGAGAAUUUAAUUUAAAUUAUUGUUGAUUAUUAUUAUUAUUAAUUUAUUAAUUAUUAAUUAAUUUUUGUUAAUAUUCCGUACGUGGAUCGUGUCAACGGUAUCAUGUGAAGUCAAAAAGAUUCGAUCGAAUCGUUGGGGUAUUUCCAAUGAAAAAAUGUAAACGGCCGCGGCAGUCGAGAAAUUCGUGUCGCCGAUCGGUUAAAAACAGCUUCACCAAUGGAUUUUAUGGAUUCAGAGUAUGUGUUUUAACCAGACCCAGAAAACCUAUCAAAAACAUUAAGAAACUGCGACAGUAACUUAUCAAAAUGAAUGUUGACAUAGUCUCUUACGUGGAAAACGACGACUAUACGCCCAUCGGUGAUCACAAUUCACAAGAAUCGAAUCCGUUCGUAUUUCACUCAUCUCCAUCAUCGUUGCAAACGCUCGCCUCGAUUCAGUUAGCAUUUCGAUUAUGGCGAGUAAAGUGCUCGAAUCUUGCACCAGGCCAAGCCAUCACCUCCGACUCGUUUUUCCAACAAGAGCAAUUCAGUUGCUCGGAGGUUCUACGAGUAUCAGUUCCCACUUCGAUCAAAGAUGUAAUCGAUCAACAAAUUAUAUUAGCUGGAAAAGAAUUACAAAAGUGGAGUGGUUUUUACUCGAAGGAGGUAUUUUUCGAUUGUAAUUUUUCGCAAGGUGUUCCGAAAUGCUUGGACUAUGUAGUGUGUAGAUCAGAGGGUUCUAUUGAUAUGAAAAAAACCGCUCUGAAUUUGAUCGCAGCUGACGAGUUGAACUUGGUAGAGAAGUACAGAAUUGCUUGUACGUUUUGUUUGGAAGAAGAAAUCAAACGUAUUUGGCCUUCGGUUUCGAGUGAUCUUCGAGGUGAAAAUGAUUUCUGCAAAUUCGCUCUGCCUUCUUAUUGGAUUUACUAUUUGGAAUCCGGAGUGGACGAUGUUUCCACCGUAAGUCGUCUUUAUCCGUUGCAACAGAAUGGUAAUUGGUUAGCUUUCGACUAUUUUUGGUGUAAAUUAAACGAAGACGAUAAAGUAGCUGUGACCGAGUCGAUUCUACGUAAUCCUGAUAUCAAACGAAUCAAGCAAAUGUUACCAAAGUUGACCAAACGACAAGCUUGUCGAGUAUUCGAAUCAAUGGCUGAUAAAAUUCUAAACGUUUUAAUAGCUGACGAUGAACACGUCGAGUACGUCUCAAAAUUCUGGAUCCAUAUUAAAGAUACGUUGCAUGGAAUUAAAUUCUACGGUAUUUUACAUACUUUAUGGAAAUUUGUGUAUAAUUCUGCUAAAUUGAACGAAGCCGUAAGCAAAUGUUCUAGAAGCGAUCUAUUGUUCGAAUUAUGGAUAGAGGCUCCGGAAAUAUUGAGAGAUUAUGUUCUAGUUAACCACGUGAAUGAUUUCUUCGAUCAGUUGUAUGGUGAAAUGUUUGGUUUCUUGGGUUGUUACGGUUGCGAUAUGAACUUCCUAUUGGAUUUGCUGGAAGCUUCGAGGUAUGAGCUUAGGAACCAAAUAUGGAUGAGAAACUGGCGUAAAUUGAUUCUUCGCGCGAAACCAUCGAGUUUAGAGCAAUUAAUGAAAUUAUGUUUGGAUUAUAAAAAAGAUAUCGUGAUGUUCAAAGAACAAAAGAUGGUUGAUUUUCAAAGCAUGUCGUAUAUUUUUCGAAUGUUUCUUAGGGAAGGGUUAUUUGCAGAGUUGAGCGAUUAUCUUCAUUUCUGUAUGAAGGAUGCGUCUAGUUUGGAACAGCUGAGUAAGCGAAUUAUCGAGUCAAGUCUUGACAUGAUUAUGGUGUCAGUUGAAGAUAAAGUAAAAAAAUUAGACCGUUUUAUUAAUAGUACUUUUUCUAGCGCAGAUGCAGCGAAUACUUUCAAAGAAGAGUUUUUGUCAAGUGCAGAAUGUGUCACUUUCUUGCAUAAUAAAUUGGACAGUGGUUGUUUGAAGGAGAUUGAAAUACUCAUUAGUGCUUUUCUUAAAUGCGAACAAAAAUUGAACAAAAUAAAACUAGAUCUUUUCGAUCGUUAUUGUAACAAUCUGCUCGCUGGACGAAUAGCAGAUUUCGAUGGCGAAAAAUGUGAUGAAUUUAUGAAGUGGUGUGUGCCCGAUGAACAGAUAUCUCAGUUUAGGCAAUCCUUACCCAUAGAUGAGAUUUUCGAAAAAUUUUUGGCUAAUACAGUAAUUGUGAAAUCGUCCUUUCUGUCUCAGAGAUUGCCCGCUUUUUUUACUCCCGUUGAUAAUUUCUUUAUGUGGUAUUUUGGCAACAAAGAAGCUGUCAAAGCUUAUAAACAAAGAAAAAUGUAUGGUCAUGAAAAGAGUCCGAAUUUGGAAACCGUUUUGCAGCAAGCUAAAGCAUCGGAUCUCGAACGCUUUUUAUCAUGGGCUUUUGAAAACGAUAAGGAAGAAAUUCAGAAAUUUGUAACGCCUCGUAAAUUUGGCCAGCGUAGACGCAAGGUUUUCUCCUUUCCUAAGGAGCAGAGAACUUCGGGUCCACUAUUUUUUGGCGGUCCUUCGAAUUGAUUUUUUCAGCACAUUUAAAAUUUUUAAUUAUAAUAAAAGAAAUUACGAGCAAAAUAAAAUAAAAUAAUAAAAUACCUCUAAAAAUUCGUUUUUAGGUCAUUUCAUUUUACCGAUUUUAAAUAAAAAUACAAUUUUAAAAAAUUAUCUGAGCGGGCCACAUUUAAGCGAUGAAAUUUAAUGAAUACGAUUUACAGGUUUGCGAAAUUCGUUUUUAAAAAACAAGCUCAUGCUAUUUUAGUUUAAUCAACUUGAAAAAAAAAUGAAAAAUGGUACGUGUCUGUUUUCUGAGUGUAUUAAACUUCAAUUUUUUACCAAUACCUUUAUUAAUAAUUUUAUGUAUUUGUAAGUUAUUAUGACAAAAAUUUAUACAAUAAAUUGCAUUCAUUAUAUUUUUUUUAUUCCCGCAGUUUCAUCCUUAUUUAUUUGAAAAAUUUUUGGAUUUUUUUGUUUUGUUUCUGUGCUCUUCUCUGCGUUGAACCGUCAGUGGCACACAUGUCCCGUGUAGCCAAUCGAAGAACUAUAAUUAUCUGAUUUUGAAAAGUAGAAAAAUGAAAAUAAGUGACUGAAAAUGCCAAAUUGCUUUUUUGAAAAUUUGAUUUCUCUGCUAGAUUUUGAAGUAACUGCUCUUAUCUUCUCUCAAUUCUUUCUCACGUAAAAAAUAAAACAACAAAAAAACAUACAUUCAUUCAUUAUCUGCAGUUACCAUUUUUAAGCAAAUCUUGUCCAUAAAUUUUUAUUUUUGAUGCUUUUUUUCCCUCAUGAAAAACAUCAUCAUGAAGUGGCUAAAAAAAAUGGUUAAAAAGUGAAAAAAGAAAGAAAACCAUUUCCUGUAAGAGUCAUGUAACAAGAAUUUUGCGUUUGGAAUUUUAAAAAUUGAACAAGUUGAAACUACGAACUGAUGAAAAUAAAAAGAUGAAAAUGAAUAGCCUUGGCCAAAAUAAUUUCUAAAGAUGGCCUGAUUUUUUGUUUUUUGCUGAUUCGAAAAAUUCGAUUCGAAAAAUUCUAAUCGAAAAAAGAAAAAGAAAAAAGAUGGCCUCAGCCACUAUAUUUUUUGAAAAUAAUCUGAAUUUUUUGUGCUGGUUAAAAAGUUCUAAUAACAAAAAAAAAAAAAAUGAAAAAAGAUGGCUCUUAUUGCCACAGCUAAUAUUGUUGAUCUACAUUUGAGCAAGUUUUCUAUUCGAAUCAUUUUCUACUUUCCACAAAUUCGGUUUCUUCAUCGGGUCUUCCUUUACUGUAAUAAUAGAAGUUGGCAGCGUUGAACUUGGGUUAAAAAGUGAACUCUGAUGCCACAUUUUUGACUGCACGAACACGUGUUCUUAAGUUUCGAUUGUAAUAUCGAACUGUCUGAUAAAUGAACUGUUUCUAUCACUCACGUUGUUUUAAAUGUUGUGAUCGAUUCGGUCGACUUGAUCAAUGCCAUCAUUAUGACGAUGGGUCUGUAGUGAUCAACAUUGAGUGUUGCAUAUUGCAUCAUAAACGAUGCAAAAUCGUGUGUUUGUACUUUGUACUCAUUGCAGUCAACAGAUGGCAACGUGAAUCAAUGCCAAUGUACCCGUACAUUAGUUGACCACUGAUUUGUCGCGAUUUUAUCACCUUCUGUGUAAAAAUUGAAGUUGAUUCAUUCGCGAACGUUUGGUUUUCAUUUUUGUAUCAGAGUCAACAUUGUCAAAUCUCAUUUGCGCAGUAAUAUACCUGAUGUUGGAAAAUAAAAAAUGAAAAAAAAAACGUGGAAAAUGAAAGAAAUGAAGAAAAAAAAUUUUUGAAUGUCAUUUUUCGAAAUUGAGAAAACUGUGAGAAAAUUUACAAAAAAAAAUAGGGCCUAUUCAGUUCGUAUUUCAAAAACAAAAAAAAAUAAAUGAAAAAAAAAACAAAAAA